AUGACUCUGCAUGUGUCCCGGGCCUCCCUGACCUCCCCCACCUCCUCCUCUCCGACUCCUCAUGUUACCGCCCCUCCCUCUGCACUCUCCCACGGCACAGAGCUGCUGACGAGUGUGACCGGGACCAAAACACAGACACAGAGGAAAACAGGGACCAGGAAACCAUCACCGUGUCCUCUCCCUUAUCUCAGCGUCGCUAGCUCUGUUAGCAUUAUUCAAGAGAACCAGGAAGUGGAGACACAACAGAACCAGGAAGUGGAGAAACGACAAAACCAGGAAGUGGAGACACAACAGAACCAGGAAGUGGCGAAACGACAGAACCAGGAAGUGGAGAAACGACAGAACCAGGAAGUGGCGAGGACCGGUGACAUUCCCGACAGGUUGUUGGAGAGGAUCACCACCUCGCUAGUGCUCUCUCUGCACGACAGCUCACACUCCUCACCUGCAGGAGACACGAGAAUCUGCGAUCACUGCCAACCUACCAAUGCCAUGUCCUCUUCUGCAGGAUCACUGCCAACCUACCAAUGCCAUGUCCUCUUCUACAGGAUCACUGCCAACCUACCAAUGCCGUGCCCUCUUCUACAGGAUCACUGCCAACCUACCAAUGCCGUGCCCUCUUCUACAGGAUCACUGCCAACCUACCAAUGCCGUGCCCUUUUCUACAGGAUCACUGCCAACCUACCAAUGCCGUGCCCUCUUCUACAGGAUCACUGCCAACCUACCAAUGCCAUGUCCUCUUCUACAGGAUCACUGCCAACCUACCAAUGCCAUGUCCUCUUCUACAGGAUCACUGCCAACCUACCAAUGCCGUGCCCUCUUCUACAGGAUCACUGCCAACCUACCAAUGCCAUGUCCUCUUCUACAGGAUCACUGCCAACCUACCAAUGCCAUGUCCUCUUCUACAGGAUCACUGCCAACCUACCAAUGCCAUGUCCUCUUCUACAGGAUCACUGCCAACCUACCAAUGCCGUGCCCUCUUCUACAGGAUCACUGCCAACCUACCAAUGCCGUGCCCUUUUCUACAGGAUCACUGCCAACCUACCAAUGCCGUGCCCUCUUCUACAGGAUCACUGCCAACCUACCAAUGCCGUGCCCUCUUCUACAGGAUCACUGCCAACCUACCAAUGCCUGCCAUGUCCUCUUCUACAGGAUCACUGCCAACCUACCAAUGCCGUGCCCUCUUCUACAGGAUCACUGCCAACCUACCAAUGCCGUGCCCUCUUCUACAGGAUCACUGCCAACCUACCAAUGCCGUGCCCUCUUCUACAGGAUCACUGCCAACCUACCAAUGCCGUGUCCUCUUCUACAGGAUCACUGCCAACCUACCAAUGCCGUGUCCUCUUCUACAGGAUCACUGCCAACCUACCAAUGCUGUGUCCUUUUCUACAGGAGUACUGCCAACCUACCAAUGCCGUGUCCUCUUCUACAGGAUCACUGCCAACCUACCAAUGCCGUGUCCUCUUCUACAGGAUCACUGCCAACCUACCAAUGCCGUGCCCUCUUCUACAGGAUCACUGCCAACCUACCAAUGCCGUGCCCUUUUCUACAGGAUCACUGCCAACCUACCAAUGCCGUGCCCUCUUCUACAGGAUCACUGCCAACCUACCAAUGCCGUGCCCUUUUCUACAGGAUCACUGCCGACCUACCAAUGCCGUGCCCUCUUCUACAGGAUCACUGCCAACCUACCAAUGCCAUGUCCUCUUCUACAGGAUCACUGCCAACCUACCAAUGCCAUGUCCUCUUCUACAGGAUCACUGCCAACCUACCAAUGCCGUGCCCUCUUCUACAGGAUCACUGCCAACCUACCAAUGCCAUGUCCUCUUCUACAGGAUCACUGCCAACCUACCAAUGCCGUGCCCUCUUCUACAGGAUCACUGCCAACCUACCAAUGCCGUGCCCUCUUCUACAGGAUCACUGCCAACCUACCAAUGCCGUGUCCUCUUCUACAGGAUCACUGCCAACCUACCAAUGCUGUGUCCUUUUCUACAGGAGUACUGCCAACCUACCAAUGCCGUGUCCUCUUCUACAGGAUCACUGCCAACCUACCAAUGCCAUGUCCUCUUCUACAGGAUCACUACCAACCUACCAAUGCCGUGCCCUCUUCUACAGGAUCACUGCCAACCUACCAAUGCCGUGCCCUUUUCUACAGGAUCACUGCCAACCUACCAAUGCCGUGCCCUCUUCUACAGGAUCACUGCCAACCUACCAAUGCCGUGCCCUCUUCUACAGGAUCACUGCCAACCUACCAAUGCCAUGUCCUCUUCUACAGGAUCAUGCCAACCUACCAAUGCCGUGCCCUCUUCUACAGGAUCAUAA